AUGGGGACCCUCAGCUGCAACCCCGCUUCCCGGCUGACCACAGUGCCCCUGGGCCGGCGGGCCACGGAGUGCCAGAUUCCAGAGACCGGCCUGAGGAAGACCUGCAGGAUGGCCACCUUGGAGAACGGCUCUGGGCCGGGCUUGUAUGCCCUGCCAUCCACUGUGGGCUACAUCGACCAUGACCGCACCAGGGCGGCCGGUCCCGCCUACUCGCUGCUCCGGAGACCCAGUGAGGCAUCUCCACAGGACACCAGCCCUGGGCCAGUCUACUUCCUGGACCCCAAAGUCACCCGGUUUGGUCGAAGCUGCACCCCUGCCUACUCCAUACAGGGCCGGGGCAAGCCUCGGGGUCUGGAGGUGACACCCGGGCCUGGGGCCUACAGCCCAGAGAAGGUGGCCCCUGUGCGCCAGCGGACCCCUCCGGCUUUCACCCUGGGCUCCCGCCUGCGUCCACAGCCUCUGGACACCUCAGCCCCUGCCCCCAAUGCCUACACCUUGCCCUCUCUCUGGGGCGCCCAGAUCUUCAUCAAGCCCAGUAGCCCCAGCUACACGGUGGUGGGCCGCACACCCCCUGCCCGCCCUGCACAAGACCCUGCUGAGAUCCCCGGCCCAGGCCAGUAUGAUAGCCCAGAUCCCAACGCCUACCGUCAGCGCCGGCCCGCCUUCACCAUGCUGGGGCGGCCCCGUGCCCCGCGCCCCCCCGAUGAGACGCCUGGCCCUGGCACCCACAGCCCCGAACAGGUCACCAUUACCAAAGCCAGGGCCCCGGCGUUCACCAUGGGCAUCCGACACUCCAAACGGGCCUCCACCAUGGCCCCAGACAUAACACCCUGA